GACACAUGUGGUGACGACAGCAGUUAGCACUCUCAGCGGCCAGCAAUCAGCAACCAUCAGGCAGUCAGUAGUUGUCGUGUGCCCAAGUCGGAGACAGUGGAGGCUGGAGGCUGCUCAACACAUCUCAGUGCUCAACUCAAAACGUCUUGGCAAAACCUGCUGCUCUAUCCGUGGAUGCAUCCGACGGCCUCCAUUCGCAGAGAAGAAGAAAAGCUGGAGGUAGCCAGAGAGCUUGACUGUCCUGCGAGAGUAACCCACCAUGCUCAGCCGAACUUCCGCGCGCUCCAUCGUGACCUGGGUCUGGCUGUGGGUUUGCCAACUGGCGGCAACCUCGGCAUCCCCAGAGCAUCCCUCGGCCACAACGUGUGAGCCUCUCGGUGUCUCAGACAACAGGUUUCACUGGAUUGAUUAUUCGGUGGUUGUUGCAAUGCUAGUCGUAUCAUGUGGAAUUGGAACAUUCUACGGAUUUUUCGGGAAAAAAUUGGAAACGUCUGCUGAUUUUCUGUUGGGAGGCAGCUCUAUGGGUACUAUUCCCAUGGCCAUGUCUUUGGCUGCUGGAUACAUUACAGCAAUCGAACUGCUGGGGAACCCGGCGGAGAUGUACGUUUAUGGAGCGCAGUUUUGGCUGACGUUUGUCUCUUACAUGAUUGUUGUGCCGAUCACGUCCUACCUCUACUUGCCAGUGUUCCGUAAAGUGCAGAUAACAUCUGCAUACGAGUAUCUGGAGAUGAGAUUCAACAAGUACGCGAGAGUGAUAGCGGCAGCAAUGUAUGUGUUUCAAAUGAUCCUGUACACGUCAGUGGCCGUCUAUGCGCCGGCUCUGGCCCUCAGUCACGUGACCGGUCUCAAUGUCUAUAUAGCUGUCAGCUUGGUCUACAUUGUCUGCGUGUUUUAUGCCUCUCAGGGAGGUAUGAAAGCAGUUAUAAUGGCAGAUACGUUCCAAGCAGUGGUUUUGGUAGCAUCAAUUGUGAUAAUAGUUGUAUUUGGAAAUAACUUAGUUGGAGGAUUCUCAAAGAUAUUCCAACAAAACGUGGAGUCAAACAGGAUUGAACUCAUGGUAAUGGAUCCGGACCCAAGAGUUAGACACAGUGUGUGGUCAGUUGUGAUUGGAGGCACUUUCUAUUGGGCCACCAUGUACUGUGCCAACCAAGCCUCUAUUCAGAAGUAUAUGACGGUGGAAACAUUGGAUCAGGCUAGAAGGGCAUUAUGGGUUAGCAGCAUAAGCCUGGCAGUUAUUUUGAGCAUCAACUUCUACACUGGCAUGAUUAUGUAUGCAGAGUACAGUGGUUGUGACCCCAUAUCUAGUGGUGUAAUUUCCGCUUCAGAUCAACUACUCCCUCUAUAUGUGAUGUCAUCUCUUGGCAGCUAUAGAGGAGUUCCAGGACUUUUCGUUGCGGGAAUAUUUGCUGCUUCCCUUGGAACUGUCGCUUCAGCACUGAAUUCACUAGCGGCUGUCACCAUAAAAGACUUUUUCGGUUGUCUGUUUGGGUUCAAAAUCCCAGAUAAUAAAGGAUCUUUGUACUCAAAGUGGAUUUCAGUGUUUUAUGGAAUACUAAGUUUUGCGCUUGUGUUUGUUGUUGAGCAUCUUGGAAGUGUUCUGCAGGUAGCUCUCAGUUUCAACGGUAUGGUUGGAGGAGUAACUUUAGGAAUGUUCUCCUUAGGAAUGUUCAUUCCAUGGGCAAAUUCAAAGGGAGUUCUAACUGGAGCAACAGUAGCCAUUUGUCUGGUGCUGUGGAUAUCGUUCGGGGCUCAGCUAGCCAUUGCAAAUGGAUUCCAAACGGCCGACCCGAAGCUGGUCUCAGUGGCUGAAUGUGCUUGCAACUUGACCGAUCAAAUAUACGAAGCUGAUAUCCAUGAAGUUCCUGAGAUCUACAAGAUCAGUUAUCUGUGGUACUCGGUUAUCGGGUUCUGCGUGACAAUAGUGGUUGGAUUCGUCACCAGUCUAUUGACAGGCGUCGAGGAUCCUUGUCGAGUCCACCCUGAUCUGAUUUCCCCUCCCAUCGCUCACCUCCUCCGGAACCUACCACACAGCAUCAAGGAGAAACUCAGUCUACCUAUUGAGUCCAAAUCGGAGAGGAAAAGUCAAGAUCUGAAGAAAUGUCAAAAGCCUGAAAUGAAGGGAAUCGAUAAUCCUGCCAUCACAUUGGAGAGUGAACUGCCAGCUCCAGUUAAUCCAGCCAUUAUCCGAUGAAGCAGCUGUAAUUAUAAUCCUUUGAGAUAUGAUCGUCCUUCUAAAUGUUGAAUAAUAUGUGUCAAUAAUUAUCUUCAUUUCUCAUUGCAUUGAUUUACUUAGUAUUAUUAUUGGUAGUAGUAUGUAACUAUUAGAAUAGGUGAACAACAAUGAAUAAAUGCAUGUGAAUAGGAUAAGGGUGAAUCAUGGAUUCAGUGAUUAAUACAAUAAUAAUGAAUUAUAUUAUUUAGAGAAACCAUUCUAAAAAUGUGAUAAAUAAAGAGUAUAAGAAAUUAGAUGUGUUUAUUAAAAUAGAAUAUACUAAUCCGUAUUUAGCUAUCCAGUAUUGUGGAAACUUUAAAAAUGACAAUAACUUAUGAAAAUCUGUAAUACCAUAGCUAUCUCUCAUUGGAGUAAAAUAUGGUAAUACUCAUAACAUAGAAUUAUAGUACCCUUUGAAAUUGAUAAAAUAAUAGAUUAAGAAUGCAAAUUAUAACAACAAGUUUCAGUGUUCAGUGUUUCAGGUUUUUAAAAACCUGACGAUAGUGUGAACACUGAUACUAGUUGUUAUAAUUUGUUCUUAAUCUAUUAUUUUAUUAAUUCCAAAUGGUAAUAUAAUUAUAUUUUAUAAAUAAAAGAAAGUAGCCCUGAAUUAAAAUAUUUUAAGAUGGUUUACUCAAUGUAUUUCAAAUAUAGUGAGUUGUGUUGAAAUAUGUAUUAUUGUCUGGAGUUGGCUACCUUUCUUAUUUGAACUUUAAACUUGCAAGCACUAAACUUCAAUUCAUACAAAUGUAAUUCUCAAUCAUGAACAGCAACUACUAUCUCAAUGAUGUGCUUGAUACACCCAUGAAUAAUAUUAUUUUGUAGUAAAUAAGUGAUAAAUGCCCACCUACAGUAUUUAUUCCACUCAAUUACGAAAAUACACAAGAAUAAGUUCUCUUAAGGACAGUUAGAGAAAUAUUUCACUUAAAAAUUAGAGUUUCACGUGAAAAUUUAUGAAUUACAGUAGACCUACCUACUAGAUAUUCUUGCAUUCUAAAAUGUCUUGUAUAACUUAGCUUCAUUAUGGCUAAACUUGAAGAAUUUCCGUUGGGAUCGAAAAUAAUACGCUCACAAAAUAACUUAACUUUGGUUUAAUUAAAAUUUAAUUGUAUGUUCAUCAGUAUUUGCUAUAUUUUCUUUAUAUUGAUAGAAUUAGAAAUAUGAUAUUAAUAGAUUUAGUAAUUGUUUUCUAUGUUUUAGCAACUAUUUGAGUUUGAAAUAAUAUUAGUUUAUAGUAUGAAUGUUUCUUGUAGUAAGCUGUUAUUAGUCUGUAGCUGCUUUCUUGGUCUUGAAUAUGUGUAGCUUUUCCAUUCAACCGCUUAAAGUAUGUCAUAAAAUCAUUCCAGUCAUUUUUGCCAAGUUUCGUUUGUUUGGAAAUAUUGCAUUUUCAAAUUCAACCAAUUCAUAUCAUUAUAACUUUCUAGUUUGCUAUUGUUUUAUUGACUUUUCAGCUUCCAUUAUAGUAUUUUAUCGUAUUAGAGUGAAUAAGUAGAUUAUGAACGGUAAAUACCGUAACUUGUGAUUUGAGCUACAAUAUUGAUGUAUCAUUGUUUUCUCUUGGAUGUCCAACUACAUGAAAAUUGUGGUAUUAUUGUGAGACAAUUAUUUAGCCAAAGAUUAAAAUAUAAAUAUUUUAGUGAGAAAUUCUA